CUUCCUGAAGGUGAUAGACUGCUGCAUCUCAAUAUUGUGCUUCUGCUAAAUUUGGUGAAGGAAGCACGGUCAGUGACAAAUCACUUCAUUCUGAAUGACUUAUAGAUUUGCAUUUAUGAAAGUAUAAGGAGAAGGGCUUGCUGAUAUUCAUUGCCCUGUGGUGAUUCAAGCUGAGACCAUCACUUUGUGCCGAGAGCUGUCAUUCAGAUGGAGUUAGUGGUACAUUAUAGGCCUAAUCAAGACUUUUCUUCUGAAGUACUGAAGAUAACAGAAAAAUUGUUGGAAGACUUUCCACGAAAAAGUUCACCAAGAUUCAUACCAUGGUUUUCAGAUGAUAUAAAAAGUUUACCAAUAAAACCUAAGAAACGUCCACCAUCUAUUUCAAAUGAAGAAGCACAAAGAAUUGAAAAGUAUUUGGUUGAGGUGGAAUUCAAAGCAGAAACACAAAAUUAUGAUUGCACAGAGGAUCUUCUGGAAUUUUCUGCAAACCUGCAGAUGGAUCAUCUUGCUGAGGUAGCUGCUGCAGAAUUUGUACCUGGAAUGACAGAUUUACUGUGUGGAGUUACAAAUGAGGAAUACAAAUCAGAAAGGUCAUGGAGUAUUACAGGAUACAGCAGAACGAAAGGGCUAAAUAUUUUGACAGUUAGCCAAAGACUUCAAAUAAUUAAGGAAAAGCUCCAACUACAUUCUUUUCAAAGGGCAAAGUGGGUUAUUGAUCAAUCCAAUUUUAGUGCUGAACAACUGGAAGAGAUCUGGGCUAAACUGAGUAGUGUUAUCAAACACGGUGACCUUCCUGGUUGUAAUGCCAAAAUACAUCGACAUCUUGGUGAAAUAUGGGUUUUCUGUGAUCUCAUGUGCUGUGAAUAUGUUGGUUAUUUUAUUAAGCAAAUAUUAAAUCUUACAGGUAAAAUCAGUUUACUUGUACAUCGGCAUGGUUUAAUUUAUAACUUGUAGCUAUCUGUAAUGUUAUUUCAGAACUAAAAUGUCAUUAAUAUGUAUGAAUUUCUUACCAGUGUCCGUGGACUUUAAACAAUACAAAUUUGCAUGUCAUUUUGAUAAAUGAGCAGAUUGUCUUUAAUGAUCGCUCGUGUAAACUCGUUAGUAAACUUGGGUGUCAGCCUUGGACUCUGGUCAUACACUUGUCUGAGACAGAAUAUGGCCAAGUCCCACUUCGGAGACUUAAAUACAAAAUUUUCUUUGGUUCUGGGUGCCGUCCUGAGGGUCUGUUGCCCUGGAGAGUGGCUGUUUCUCGGAGGAGAUAAACCAUCUCGGGAAGAUGCCAUGGCACUUUGAAGGAAACUGUGGAGUUCAACCUUGUAGUUUUUAAAUUAUUAUUAAAAUAUUAUAUUAUUACCGUGUUAUUUCAAUCAACCUGACUUGAACUCAAACUCUCUGGCCCAGAAGUUCUCCCAACUAGAUACUUUCAAAUCAACCUGUUCCGAAAUGUUUACACACCUCCAGAGCAGGUGGGACUUGAACCCAGGUCUUCUGGCUCAAAGCUAGGGACACUACUACUAUGUUGUGAGAACCUUUUAAGUUCUCUCUUGCACCGUGGACAAUAUUUAUCCUCUAAUUAACCUUCUUACGAUAGAUUAUUUGGUCAUUACCACACUGUUAUCACACUGUUGCUGGGUCAAAAACCUGGAUCUCUCUUCCUAACUACACUGUGUGUACCUACACUAUAUUGUCUGCUGUAGUUCAAAAAGGCAGCUGAUCACUUCUUAAGUGAUGGACAGUAAAUGCUGGCCAACCCACAUCCCAUAAAUAAGUCUAUAUUUUAAAAAAACUAACUGUCCACAAAUUAGUUGCUACAUUUUUUGCAUACUUACGUGGAAUUGGAUUGUCCUGAGGUUAUGCACGACACUAUGUAAAUGAAUUUUUUUAGUAUAAAUUCUCUCACCAGAGAAUAUUUUGUCCUCUUCCCAGUGACUUUAAAAUUUCCUUGAAUGAGUUUUCUGCAUAGAAAUACUCAUUCAUUGAUCUCUACUAAAGAUGUUUUCUAUGGAAGUGUUUUGCAGGGCUUUAGUAAAAGGUCAGUAUGGCAUUGUGUCAUUCUGAACUGAGAAUUAAGUUUAAUGUCCUGGUCACUUGAGUUAAUUGCUUUGGUUAGGAUGGGGAUCAUGGCAUCAGCAUUCUUGCAUGUCGGAGAAAGAAAGCUAAAGCUCCAGUUUCUGGUCUCUAUCCAGUGAUCUUAGUUGGAAGUAUUGUAUGUGUAUAUAGUGGUUGGCUAUCAUAAGGAUACAUCUUGAUCAUGGCAUCUUCCAAAUUGAUUAAACUGUUCAAAUGAAAGCUUAUGUAGCAAGUGUUUUAAGAAUUGGUACUUAGUUAAUGGUUUCAAGGGGUGCUGAUGCUGUGGUGCUAUCUUUCAGCAUGAGGAAAGAAAGGCAAAUGAAAGUUUAAGAUAUUCAAAAGAUUUUAAAUCCUUUUGCAAAAAAAAAGUAUGAGUGUUUAAAUUAAAUAUUCACCUUGGCAGCACAGGAUAUAAUAAUGUUAUGACAAUGUCAGUUGACUAAAUUGUCACUAGCCAAACCAGCGAAUGUUCUAUUUUAGAUAAUAACGUAAUUACACGUUCAUGUGUAUGAAACGGAGGGCGAGGAUUUUGAUUGCCGAUAGCCAAAAAUUAACUUUUCUGCUUAAAUUGCCAUUUAUCAUUUAAGGACAAUUUGAUUUUCUAUGAAAAUUACUUGAUUUGGAAUUGGAGGUGAUAUUAGAUUAUUUUUCACUGCGAUGUUUGAUUUUUGUGGCAAACCCAAGGCAAAAAUCUUCCACCAAAUGUGGCAAACCUAACCAGAAAAUCUUUGCUAACCCAGAUGAUACAAACCUUGAGAAGAGCAAUGCCUCCCCAUAGUAAAUAGUAUUUUGCCACAGCAAAGUACUUUCAUUCUUUACAUUUUUAGCCGGGAAGAGGAGGUGAAACAAUUUAGAACUGUAAUGGCAAUGAGUACGUACGAGAAUGAAAACUGUCCUGAUUUAAUUUUGAAUGAAAUACAGUCUGCAUAAAAAUGUGUAAGUACA